AAUUUGUAUGCUUGCAAGAUGGAGAGCCUAGUUGUUAUUCUAAGUUUAGUAUCCAUCUUUGUUCUCUUCAUUAUCACACAAAGAAACACAAGAACAAGAACAAGAUCAAGAACACCACUUCCACCUGGCCCUAAAGGCCUUCCUCUAAUUGGAAAUCUCCACCAACUUGAUGCCAAAUCCCCACAUCACUAUUUUAGAGAACUCUCCAAACACUAUGGCCCCAUCAUGUCCUUCAAACUUGGUUCAACCCAAGCCCUUGUUAUUUCCUCAUCAAAAUUAGCCAAAGAAGUGUUAAAGACACAUGACCUCAAAUUUGCAAGUAGGCCACCUUACUUAGGCCUAAGGAAAUUGUCAUAUAAUGGCUUGGACUUAGGUUUUGCACCUUAUAGCCCUUAUUGGAGAGAGAUGAAGAAGCUUUGUGUUUUGCACUUUUUUAGCUCUCAAAGGGUCCAUUCUUUUAGACCCUUUAGAGAACAAGAGGUUGCAAACAUGAUUAGGAGGAUAUCCCAACAUGAAGAUUCAAACAAAGUUGUAAACUUGAGUGACACUUUGAUGUUUUUUACCAACACUUUGAUAUGUAGGGUUGCUUUUGGGAAAGAGUAUGGUAAUGAGUACCAUGUUGUUGAUGAAGAAUUAGGGUGUGGCCAAAGGAGCAAGUUGCAAGUGUUGCUAAAUGAGGCUCAAGCAUUGUUGGUUGAGUUUUACUUUUCAGAUCAUUUUCCCAUGUUGGGGUGGGUUGAUUGGCUUAGAGGAAUACUUUGGAGGCUAGAUAAGAACUUCAAGGAAUUGGACAAGUUCUAUGAAAGAGUUAUCUUUGACCAUAUGGAUUCAGCUAGGGCUAAUAAAUCCAAUGAGCAACAAGUUAAAGACAUCAUUGAUAUCUUUCUAGAGAUGAUGAAUGAUCACUCACUCUCCUUUGAUCUCACUCUAGAUCAUAUAAAAGCUGUGCUCAUGAACAUCUUUAUAGCUGGAACAGACCCAAGUGCAGGUACAACAGUUUGGGCAAUGAAUGAACUUUUGAAGAACCCUAAAGCUAUGAAAAAGCUUCAAAGUGAAAUUAGAGGUUUAUUUGGAGACAAAGAUUUCAUAAAUGAAGAUGACAUUCAAAGGCUUCCAUAUCUCAAAGCAGUAAUAAAGGAAACACUAAGAAUGUUCCCACCAUCACCACUACUCUUACCAAGAGAAACAAUUGAAACAUGCAACAUAGAAGGUUAUGAAAUAAAACCAAAAACUUUAGUCUAUGUCAAUGCAUGGGCCAUAGCAAGGGACCCCAAGAAUUGGAAAGACCCAGAAGAGUUUUGUCCUGAAAGAUUCAUUGAGAAUCCAAUAGAUCUCAAAGGGAAUGACUUUGAGCUAAUUCCAUUUGGUAGUGGAAGAAGAAUUUGCCCUGCCAUGAACAUGGGGUUGGUUACCAUAGAAAUUGCAUUAGCAAAUAUUGUUCACUCAUUUGAUUGGAGUUUGCCAAUUGGGUUUGACAAUGAAGAAAUGUUUGACACGCAAGUGAAGCCAGGGAUAACCAUGCACAAGAAAAACGACCUUUUUCUUGUGGCCAAGAAACAUGUACCUUAAGGAGAGUCAAGGGAAGACUUAAAUAAGAAGUUUGACUUAUGGAGAGAAGCUCUAGAAGUGUAUGGUCUGUGCAUAAGCCGUAGCAAGACGAAAUAUAUGGAAUGUAAGUUCAGUCUGAGAAGGAAGAACCCUAAUAUAGAGGUGAAGAUUGGAGAAAACAUCCUAUGAAAAGUUAAAAAUUUUAAGUAUUUUGGGUGCAUCAUACAGGAUAAUGAAGAGAUUGAAGAGGAUGUAAACCAUAGGAUCCAAGCAGGUUGGUCAAAAUGGCGGAGUGCAUCUGGUUUUAUAUGCGACAAAAAGUAUCUUUAAAACUUAAAGGUAAAUUCUAUCGAACCGCUAUAAAACCGGCUACGCUUUAUGGUAUGGAGUGUUGGCCAGCCAAAGGAAAGCACGAACAUAAGUUGAGUGUGGCAGAGAUGAAAAUGUUGAGAUGGAUGAGUGGUCAUAUGCGAUUAGAUAAAAUAAGAAACGAAUAUAUAAGGAAGAGAGUUGGAGUAGCACCCAUUGUGGAAAAGAUGGUUGAAUCGCGUCUCAGGUAGUUUGGACAUGUGAGAAUAAAACCGAUAGAACACCCAGUCAGGAUGGUGGAUGAGAUGGAAGAUGGACAAAGGGCGAAAGGCAAAGGAAGACCUAAGAAGACCAUCCAUGAGGUGGUCAAAUGAGAUCUACAUGUAAACGAUCUUUCUGUAGACAUGAUACAUGACAAAGCACAAUGACGUCGUUUGAUUCAUGUAGCCGACCCCACCUAGUGGGACAAGGCUUUGUUGUUAUUGUAUUUAUAUUUUUUCUUUUAUGAAAUAAAGGAUAAUUUACAUACAUAA